ACUGAUGUAUCUGAAGAGUUACUUAAGAGGAAAUGCCUUGGACACAAUCAAGCACCUGUCGAACGACGAGAAGAGCUACGAGCUGGCCAGAGUGUUCCUCAAGGAAGAGUACCUGGACAAUGAUAUCGUGGUUGAAGAGCACAUCAGGAGGCUGCACGAGCUCACUUCACCGCCAGCAAAGGACUUUACCGCUCUACGGUCGUUCUUCAACACAGCACGUACCUCAGUGUAUGAAUUGAAGGCAUUUGGCUUCGAUGCUCUUCAGGACGACACUCUCGGCAGCAAGAUCGUCAGCUACAUGAUCUGUCAGAAACUCCCGACGAACUUCAAGUCGAAGCUGAGCACCACCCUGCAGACGGACUUCCCCUCAACGAGAGAGUUGCUGGAGAACUACAACACGAUCAUCAAGUCACUGAUGAAGACAUCAACACCAGCGAAACAGCAAGAGGUGAAGCAAGUCCAAGAGCAUCAAGGAGCAAAACCGAAGCCUCCAAGGACUCGUCACCCUCACGGACAGCAUCAACUUGAUGAGUCUACAUCGUCAUCUGUGAAGUCGACACUGCAGAGGUUCCAGACGGGCACAGAGAGCGUCAGUAAGCCGACAGGAUCUGCAGCGUCCAAACCCGACUCCAAAUUCAGAGCGUGCAAGCUGUGUGCAGGUUCACAUUCGAUGCUCAAGUGCACAGUAUACACAACUCCACAAUCAAGAAUCAGGAGACUGAAGGAUCUCGACCUCUGCACCAAAUGCAGCGGGGCCCACAAGAUAGCUGAGUGUAAGGCCCAGUCAGCUGGACUCACCUAUCCCUGCACGAUUUGCAGCAGCAAACAUCACAUCUCGGCUGUGUGUGUUGUUAAGACCGCCGAUCACACCCAGAUACAGAGCGGCUUGCGUCUCAUGUGCAACAACCUACACAAAGGUCAGACUGUUCUACUUCCGUCGAUGUCAGUCAUCAUGCAGGUCAACAAUGGCGAGAUCUGUGAACGAGUCAGAUGCAUGAUUGACUUCGGCUCUCAAGCAUCAAAUAUCAGUGAAGACCUGGCAGCUCGGCUAGGAUUCAACUCAAACUCACCGACGACAGAGUACAAUGUCAAGACCUGCAUCGGCGUCAAGAAGCAGAGUUACAGCUCUGCCACUUGUGACGUCAUCUUCACUCCGACGGCAACAGCAAGACACAGCUUCUUGGUGGAUCCCGAUAUGAACUUGGAUUAUGACAUUCCAGGUGUGAAGUCUCUGGUGCACAAGCUGAAGACUGACGGCGUGCGCCUAGCGGAUUCUUUCUUCAACGACAUCACCUCCGACACGAUCGGCGACUUCGACUGCCUCCUGGGGUCUGACGUCAUAGGUGCGCUCAAACCUCUGAGGAGCGUGGACCUCGGACUGGGCACUGCCUUGGAGGUGCAAGAUGGACACAUCCUCUUCGGCGACAUCGACAGCUUCUACAGCGGAGGAAGCCAGGAGGGAGUGGCUGAACAUGAAGACAGCACCGAUGAGCAUCAAGAAGACCGGCACGACACCUCAGCACCGGCAGGGGAUGACGAAGCCGAUGCCGGCAGCCGUCAUCGCGGAAACGCCUCCUAUUGACGGUCAACGCGUCUGCUGGAGGACAGCAGAUGCACCCACAAAAGCAACAACGACGCCUGCAUCACUCACAGGUCUCAGACACCGGCUCCGAGCGGCGAACAUGAUGAUUUGCACAGCAUGAAGGAGCAGAUGCUGGACGUUGGAUGUUCAAGCAUCGCGCUUGAACAACAAACACAAACAUCCAAACAACAAACACACGAACAACAAACACAAACACACUCGCUACAAACAAACGAACGUCAAACUCAAACUCAAACACAAAACCAAACACAAACGCAGACUCAAACAUACAUCAACAGUGGGGCCCAACAAACAUCAACAAUCAAACGACAAACAACCCCAGCACCGAUUUCAUCAGAGGCGUCCCAGACAACGGAACUUCAGGUGCCUGAUCGUUUGUUGGCGGCCUCAGAAGACGUACAGACUUCUUCACUCAGCAACACAUCUAGU